AUGGGCGCAGCGUGGAUGCCACGCAUCUUGAAGCCUGACUAUACAUGGCCGCGACCGAUGCCAUCCACCAUCUCUGAAACUACUCCUCUGAUACCUGCUGCACCAAGCAGAAAUACAUGCUGGUUAUGGGCCAUUGUUUAUAAAGCUCUGUUCCAUUUCUCUAAACAAUAUUGCUCUUGGUUUGGUCACCAAUUCAGUAACGUUGCGGAAUUGCACUUUGGGCUCAUUAUGAAGUGGACUGAUCAAACAAGUCUUGAGGAAGUAGUCACAAUGCAAAUGGCGCGUGCUGCCGGAAUACAUGUUCCCAAGCUCCUGAGCUGUGGAGAACAUGUCGGAGAUUCAUACAAUCAGGUAUUUUUGAUUCUGAUGACAAGGCUGCCUGGGAUAUUCCUUGAGUACUCCAGUGAUCUCUUUGAACACAACAAUGAAGAUCUGUGGAUUCACAAGCUGAAGUUGUGCCCGGAUUCAAUACACCUAUGGCAAAUACUUUUUGACCAGAAUCAUAUCUGUUCUGUGCUUGGAACACCCAUCCGGAGCACUCGAGUCCCUAACCACAUCAUGGGUCUAUUUACCAGCGAAAGGGAGUUAACACAGUAUCUUCUGGCUCCAGCUUUCACUUAUAGUUUCAAGUCGAGAGCUGAAUACGACGAAACAUUCAUGCGCGCAAAGCGAAUUGAGCAAGUCCCACAUCAAGUCACCUUCACUCAUGGGGAUUUCAAAGCACAAUAUCCUUGUCGAUUACAACCGGCAUUUGUCCAGUUUUCUUGA